AUGUCUUCAGAAGAGACCGAGGAUUCUCUCAGAUUAGUCGUAAGUGACAAUUACGUAAUAAGUUCAUCCGUAGCUGAUAAAGUAAUAACCAAGUGCCUAAAUAGCGAACCUCAGUGUGAUGAGCGCCGGAAUGGAAUUCCUUGUUGCUCAAACGACGUAACUUUAAGUGUUGUUAAUGAAAUUAAUACCGGGUCUUACCCGGACAAAAGCGGUUCUGAAUCCGAUAAAAACACAUCGGACUUUAUUGUGAUAGAUCUGACAUGUAAUGUCAACGAUCCCAGUCGCCGGAAGGCUGUUGGUACAAAAACAAAUGAUUGUGAUCGUUCAAGUAUUUGUAGUGUAGAUUCAUGCCAAAGUUUAGUUCCUGUUCUGAACAACGAAAUUGUGAAUACUGAAAACCAGAAGUUGGUAAGUUUAUCGUUAUCCAUACUCCUCGCCGCAUUGCUGCAAGCGAUGCGAUGUUUUGCCCAGUUCUUAGAGAAUAUUGUUAUUCCUCAAAGGUAAUCCGUAUUGUGUUAUGUUCCUUUGUAUUUUUAUGCAGUAUUCCUUUGAUUUAGUAUACUAUAUUACAAACGAUAAUAUAUUUCAUUAAUACAUUUUAA